AUGAAGUCUAUCCAACCCAAGCUUUUGUUUCUAAUACUUUGGACCUAUUCCCUUGCAACCCAUUACGAAAAGAGUGUCUAUACAACCGAAGUCAGUCCUGACGCGGAUAUCACCGAAAAGAGAAUUGACUACAAUGAACCUGGACGUCCGCCAGAAAAUACUCUGCCUGCCAACGCGGGUCAGUGGCUGAACAACGCUCAGCAUGGCAGCCAUAUCGGCCAAACCUCCGACUUUGAAAACGCAGGACAGUUCACCUUGAGCAAAUGGCCACGUGGGAAACACUGUCUUGGAGGAUUUGACUGGGGUAUUGGGCCUGCUUGCCCAGCAUUAACCCCUGCCAUGACAUUUUAUACGCGGGACCCGCAGAUGUGUGUGCCUUUUGAAAUCACCGAGGUUCCAUGCGAUGUUCACGCAGAUCAGAACAACUGUCUUUGGAAGAAUGGAGACCAGUGUUGCAAUAAGGUUGACUGCUCCGCCCACUAA